CUUUUUGCGCGUCCUUCGACAACACCAACAACAACACCAAGCCAGCUGCGCAUUCAGGACACACACCACCACAAAGCCACAAAAGCCACGAAGCCAAAGGAACGCUUGCUCCCUGAGCUGAGUGAGAAGAGUGCUGUUGUGCUUGCUUGUCAUUGUCUUCACCGGUGUGUGUUUGCUGUUGCUCUUCGUGGGGGAAACCACUGCGACCGGCGCCAUGUCUUUUCUCGAGACUGUGUUGCAAGACAUGUUCGUGGAUCCAGAGAUCCUCGAAGAACUGUCCAAGGAUCAGCGGGAGAUUCUCUUUGAGCUCAUGCGUGAGGAGCAGAUUCGCCGCUGGAAGUCCAGAGAGCAUUCGGACCUGUGGAAGUUGCAAGCCAAGAAGAAGAAGCCGGCCCGCAUUCAGUGGGCCUCCACGGCUGUAAUCUGGGACGAUGUUGACGCCGAGAAGAAAGCGGCAGAGGCGGCAAAGCGGCUCGAGCAAAUUGAACGCGAGCGCGCGGCCAAAGAGGAGGAAGAGGAUCAGCAGGAGGCAAAGAUCCUGGCUGAGAUUGAGCUGCAGAACGAGGUCGCCAAGCGCACGGCAGACGCCGAGCGGCGGACAGAGGAACUGCGACGCCGCGAAGAGGAGGAGAAGAAGCGGCUGGAGGAGGAGGCCAUCCGCGAGCGACAGGCCGCUAUUGAGCGCGAACAGUACCUCUCGUUGAAGGAAGCCAGGCUCGCUGCCGAGAAGGAGGCUGCCCAGCGCAAGGCUCGUGAGGAAGCUGCCAGGAAACUCGAGGAACAGCGACGUGCGGAGGAAGAGCGGCUGGCAGAGGAGCGCCGUCGCGCUGAAGAGGAAGCAAAGAAGCAUGCAGAGUCGAAGCAGCAGGAGAUCUACGAGUCGAUGCGGGAGGUUCGCGAACGGUCACGCCGGCAGAAGGAGGAGGAGGAGAAAAGGAUGGACGCAAUCUUCAUGGAGCAGCAGCAGCGCGCAAAGCAAGCAGAUGAGGAGAAGCGAAAGGCGGUACAACUUGCUCGCCGCUACACACGCGAAAAGGCCGCACAGGACGCCGCAGGCACGAUCCUGAAACGGAUCCAGUCGAAGAAGGAGGCCGCUCCUGCAAAACCGCCGCUCGCACCUCGAGGCGGGUCGAUGGCGCGUGCACCGAGCCUGAACAAGCGGCCGCCGCCACUGCCACCACAGCUCUCACAGGACAUGUCUCGCCUCAAGGUUGCGCCGGGGAAUCCCGACUCGCGCCCGUCGCGCCCGACAGACACGAACAGCAUCGUGCAGUGGUUCCAGCAGGACCAGCUCCCGCGCGGCACGGGACGCGACGCUGUGGGUCGCUGGCUCCCCUGGUUCCAUGGAAUCAUUUCCCGAACGGACGCAGAACAACUGCUUCGUGGACAGCCGUGCGGCGCGUUCCUGCUCCGCGUCUCUACGCGCAUCUGGGGAUACACGCUCUCGUUUGUUGACACAGACCGCUUCAAGCACUUUCUUGUCGAUGUCUCUGAUGGAGAGUACAAGGUCUUUGGCUCACAGUCCAGCCGCUCGCAUAAGGACCUGGCGACACUGAUUGCGUUCCACCAGAGCAGGCCCGUCUCCAAGACGGGAACGAAGCUCACGCUUGCUGUCGGCAACAAGAUGGGCAACCCAAGUGUCAAUAUGCUGCUUUCCUAAACAUAUGCACACACCCCUCCUUCAAAUCAAGGCACCGUACCCCGUGAUCCUUCUCUCUUCCUUCGCGUCUUGUCUCUACCGCUGGUCCCACCCUGUCCUCGCACUUCGUGUUGAGUCUACAAUUCACACAAACACACGCACAUGCAAAUGGUGGCGUGUGUGUUGUGUUCACCAGCCAUUCGUUUGACCUUCCAUCUUGUUGUCCGUCGCUAUUCAGCUCUUACGCCCGUUCGUGGGGUCGCGGUCUCACUUGUUCACGUUUCACUUACAACAAAACCAGCCCCAACCAACCAAGCAGCUGGAGAAAACUAACACAACAGCAGCC